CAGCCAGUCUCUAACUUUUUGCCCCAGAGCUGAAAUGAAGGAGAGAAAUUCACCGUUUUUAGUCAUGAAUUAGAGAUGUGUCCACGGGAAGGACAAGAAAUGUAUAGACGCAGGAGUCGACAUGGCGUGACGUCAGUCUAAUAGUUUCUAUCCAUCAAAUAUCCACGAGGCAAUCAUUCACUGAUGAAUCCUGACCAGCCAGGACAGUUCUGUCUCGUUGACCUCAAUCAAUCACCUCCCCCGUGGAGGGGGGAAAUAAAAAUGGAGUCGGGCGGUAUGGCGGAGGGGGAGGAGGCCAUGAGUCAGGAGGACUGGAAGGAGAAGUGUAUGGUGCUGGAGGCGCUGCUCAUGAAGUUCAGAGUGCAAAUCAUCAAGAUUCGAGAGCUCACCGCUGACAAGAUACAACAACUGGAGACUCAGGUGAUCGAUGCAGAAAAACGGGCCUUCACCGCUCACCAACAGGUGCAGUGGAUGGAGGAGAAGCUGAAAGCUCCAGACAGUCAGUCCGGAGACUCAGAGGUGCGUUUGUUUCAGCGGUGCCAGGAGCUGCAGGCCCUGGUGCAAGAGAAGGAGGAUGUCAUCACCCAGCUGGAGCAGCAGCUGGAGGAACAGAAACAGAUCCGACUUCAGGAUGCCAAAACAGUGGAGGAGAAAGCAGCAAAGAUCAAGGAAUGGGUGAUGCUGAAGUUGUCAGAGUUUGAGGUGGAGAACGCAGCAUUGCGAGAAACCAACAAGCAACAGGAGGCUCAGAUCGAGGAGUUACAGAGACAAGUACAAGCCUUUGAGCAGAAGUACAGUGGUGGACGGGGAGUCCUGUGCAGACCAGGUGAGGCCCAGCGUCUCAGCAGCCUGACGUUCGGCUGUUUCCAGGUGAGGGGGAAGAACCCGCAGGUCCUUACGGGACCGGCACCCUCCCAGAGGACCCUGAGCACCCAGGUAGAGACUGCAGAGUGCAGAGACAAAACUGAGAAGAUUGGUAAGCACACAGCCUCCUCUGGGACAGACGGUAAAGUCCAGAGACCUGACCAGACUCUGGAGGAUGACAGUGCGUCUGAAAGCCUGGGUGAGAGUGCGUCUGCACCCGCAUCUCGUGGCGUCUCCUCCGUCCUCUCCAGCGCUGCCUCAGAGGGGGAGGGAGGAGGAUUGUGCGAGGGCAGAGGAGGAGGUGGAGUGUGUGGUCUGGAGUUCAGCCGGCCCGGCAGCGAGACCUACCUGACCGCUUCGGACGACAGCAGCUCCCUGUUUGACGAUGACAUGCAGCGUGCUGAGCGGCCCGGCUUCAGCCUGCUGGGGUCAUCGGAUGGGACACUGGGAGGGUGUAAGGAGGGAGGUGAGGACGGGCACAGGGCCAAGCUGGAGGACUGCACCUCUGAGGAGCUCAACAAACGUUUCCAGUCACAGAGGCUUGACUCCUCGUCAUCUUCCAGCGAGCCUAACACCCCCAGCCCCAUCCUCACACCAGCCCUCACCCCUAAACGACCCAACCCACCCCAGGACCUAAGGGACAACCCCGCCUCACCCAAACAGCCCCGGCUGCGGACACCAGCUGGGUUUGGGUUGAUGAAUGUGGCUCUGGCCAAGAAACACCUGAGCCAGCCUCCAAUCAGCAGCGAGGCAGCGUACGGACAAACGCGUAACGCUCUCAGCAUGCUGCGCCCGCUCCGACCACAGGAAACUGACCUCGACCAGGAGCAGGAGGUUGGCAUGGAGACGGGAAGAGACACACCUCUUCAAGGCCUCACCAGCUCACAAGCUGCGCCUACUUUUCCAUCAUUGCAGACCUCACCUGGUUCGACUGAAGCUGGUACGGAGAUCAGCCCAGAGAGGCAAGACUGUGACAGCUCAGGACCUGGAAACAAACCUCCUACACCCCCUUUACACAGGCUGCCCUCCUGGGAGAGUCGUAUCUAUGCUGUGGCUAAAUCAGGAAUCCGACUGUCUGAGACGUCGUGCACAGACUCUGCUAGCAAAGACCCCUCCCUCCAGUCCUCCUAUCCUGCCUUCGUAAUGUACACAUCCCUCAUCUAUAAAAACAUGACUACUCCAGUUUACACUACUCUGAAGGGGAAAGCCACUCUGCUGAGCAGCAGCCCGUUCUCAGACGAGUCGUCCAGCUCCGAGGAGUCAUCUAGUUCAGGAGAGGAGGACGGCUCCCUCUGCAGCUCUCACGCCUCCUCCAGCUCCCGCAAAGACAGCAGCCCAGGCAGCCCGCGCUCUCUCAAGAGAGCUGUGUCCAUGUCUUCAAUGACAUCAGAGAGUGACUAUGCCAUCCCUCCUGAUGCCUACUCCACCGACACAGAGUGCUCUGAACCAGAGCAGAAACUACCCAAGACCUGCUCUGCAGCCAGUGACAACGGCAAGAGUGAACCAAUGGAGAAAUCAGGCUACCUGUUGAAGAUGGUGAAGACCUGGAAGAAAACUUGGAAGAGACGCUGGUUUGUCCUCAAAGAUGGAGAGCUGCUCUACUAUAAAUCACCUAGUGACGUGAUCAGGAAACCUCAGGGACAGAUCGAGGUCAACGCCACCAGCAGCAUCGCUCGUGGAGACGGAAAACAAGUUCUCCAGAUAGUGACAGGAAAGCGUGUGUACUACCUGAAGGCUGACUCUCCUAACCUGCUGGAGGAGUGGCUCAGGGUGCUGCAGAGCGUGCUCAGGGUCAAAGCUGCCAGUCCUCUCUUCACCCAGCCGGACAUUCGCCCCGGCAUGAAAGGACUGCUCAUCAAGGUGAAGCAUGGAUACUCUAAGCGGGUUUGGUGUGCUCUGAUUGGCAAAACCUUAUACUAUUUCCGCAGCCAAGAGGACAAGUUCCCCCUGGGUCAGAUUAAGCUGUGGGAGGCCCGGGUGGAGGAGGUAGACAGGUCAAGAGAUUCAGAUGAUGACCUGAAGUCCUGUGGGCGGGGCUUACAGUCCACACCUUUCACAAUCGCCAUCCACCCACAGGAGCAAGGCCCGACCUACCUGCUCAUCGAGUCCCGCCAUGAAAAGGAUUCAUGGCUGUACCAUCUGUCUGUGGCAGCGGGCACCACAGUGGGUAAAGUCGGCACUGAGUUCGAACAACUGGUGGGAAAACUCUUCCAACUGGAUGGAGAUCCAAACUCUCAGAGCUGGAGACAUCCCAUGUUGUGUUUCAGUAAGGAAGCUCUGUUGUCUCCUCUCACCACCCUGCCUUCACAGGCUCUGCAGACAGAAGCCGUUAAACUCUUUAAGACCUGUCAGCUUUUCAUCAAUGUGGCCAUUGACGCUCCGGCCAUUGACUACCAUGUCUCACUGGCCCAGAGUGCCCUGCAGGUGUGUCUGGCCCACCCCGAGCUUCAGAAUGAGUUCUUCUGCCAGCUCAUCAAACAGACCCGCAGGAGGCAGCCACACGGCCACGCAGGACCGCUGCAGGGCUGGCAGUUUCUAGCCCUGUGCGUGGGUCUGUUUCUGCCUCAGCAUCCGUUCCUCUGGCUGCUCCAGGUUCACCUCAAUAGACACGGGGACUCCAGGACUGAGGUGGGUAAGUAUGCCAUCUACUGCCAGCGCUCUAUGGAGCGGACCCAGCAAAAGGGUGAGAGGCAGGCCAGGCCGUCCCGUAUGGAGAUCCUGUCCAUCCUCCUGAGGAAUCCCUAUCAUCACUCCCUGCCAUUCAGCGUCCCCGUUCACUUCCUCAAUAACACCUACCAGGUAGUGAGCUUCGAUGCUUCGACCACAGUGGACGAGUUCCAGUGUCGCCUCAACCAGGACACGGGCAUGAGGAAAACGGGGCUUUCUGGUUUUAGCUUGUACACUGAUGACCCUACUGGGAGAGAGCUGGAACACUGCCUGCAAGGAGGCAUCAAGAUUUGCGACAUCAUUUCCAAAUGGGAGCAAGCGUCAAAGGAGCAGCACACCGGCAAGUCAGAAAACACCAGGACAGUUCGCCUCACCUACAAGAACAGGCUGUACUUCUCUCUCCAGGUCAGGGGGGAGUCAGAAAGGGAGAGGUUGCUGCUGGCUUAUCAGACUAAUGAGGCCAUUGUGGCUGGACACUUCCCCGUCAACAAGGAACUGGCUCUGGAGAUGGCUGCCCUGCUGGCUCAGGUGGAGUUUGGGGAUUUUGAGCGUCCCUUCUCUGCUCCUGGAUCAGCUCCAACGAAGUCUAACCAAACCCUGAAACAGGUUCUGGACAGAUUCUAUCCUAAACAUUACCGCCGGAGCACAUCUGAGGAGCAGCUCAGACAACUGCUGCAGCGCCUCUCUGCCCGCUGGGCCUCGCUCAGAGGUCGAAGUUCACCGGAGUGUGUCAGGAUCUACCUGACCGUUGCCAGGAAGUGGCCUUUCUUUGGUGCCAAAUUAUUUGAAGCGGAGUCCAUCACAUCCUCUCCAGAGCAAGGUGUACGUAUUUGGCUGGCGGUGCAUGAAGACGGUAUCAGUGUCCUGGAGCAUAACUCUGUUAAACCGCUGGUGUCCCACCCCUACAAGAACCUGAUGACGUUUGGAGGCUGCAAACAGGACUUCAUGCUGGUCGUGGGACAGAGCAUCGGUACCAACACUAGCAAAGACAAACCUACAGAGAAGCAUCUGUUCGCUAUGGACGCCUCCAAGAUCAGAGAGAUCACCCUCCUCAUCUCCAGUUACGUCAACAGCGCUCACCAGCAAAAGGCCGCCGCUCACCAUCUUUCCGCCCCGGCUCUGAUGGUGGCCCAGCCUGUCAGCCUGAAGAGCAAGGAGCUGAGGAGCAAAUCCCCCCCGGCACUGGGACGCCCCAGCAAGGCACCCACGCUGCUGUGAUGGUCACGAAAACGUCACGCCCUGAUCCCUCUGAGAAAUGUUCACUUUACUGAGCUGCCUUUUUUUUAUGUAUUUAAAAUUUUAAAUGAAAUUACAGCCACAAUAGGCCUAAUUCCAUUCUUAUACAGCCCUUCUUGCAAUAAUUUACAGAUAUCAGGAAGUGCUGUGACCUUUAAUUUUACCCAGUUAACUCCUGAAUGGUGCCUCCUGUAGAGAACAUCUGACAUUUGGAUCUAAAACUGGAGCUGUCAGCAUACAUAGGUACAAAGGUGGCAAAAGUCUUUACUUAACAUUCUCCAAGGUACAUUUUCUGUCUCUCUGAUGAAUGUGUCGCUUUUAUGUGCUGACUACAAAGAGGAAAAAAAUCAACAGGAUUUACUGACAGACUGAGCAAGCGUUGUGAAAUGUCUCAUUAAUCUAUCUGUGCCGUGUGGUACAUUUCCUUUAGUAAGAAUGCUGUUUGAAGUACAUUUUUUCUAGUCCCUCCUUAAAAAAAUAAUGCACAGUCAUACGCAGUGUAGAAGAGGUAAUGACGCUUUGUUAAGGAAUCAUUUACUGUAAGUACGUUUUUACUGUCCUCCUGUAGGGCAUAAUCACUCAAACAGGAAGUAGAACCCUUCUGCUUUCAUCAGGAUACUGCAAUAAUAAAAAGAAA